CGUCGUUGACAAUUUCAAAAAAUACAAGAACAGCUGACUGCUGUCAAAGUCAAAUUCGCGUGGUACGAAAAAUGUAAACAAUGCAUUUUUUGUGAAAUACGCUAUCAUAAUUCAGAAUUAAGUUACAAAUUAAUGAAAAACAUAAACCGAGACAUUAUAAUAAUCUGUAAUUUAUAUAUCAUUCAAUCUACUCCACUCCAAAUAUGGCAGAAUUGAGACAACCAGAAGAUCAAGAGCUAGGAGCCGAAUUCGUGGUAGACAGCACUGCUCCUGUAGAAGAGAUUCUACAGAACUUGAUUGAAAGGGAGCAUUACAGUAAAGCGUAUAAGUUCUACCGUUACCUAUUGGUUCAGAGGCGGCACACAGCGAACGCCUGCUGGAACCUGCACUACACUCUCCCUGGACAUCCCCUCAAAGUUUUCGCGGACGGCUGGGAUGGGGACAUUGAACUUGACUAUUUCGAACCCUUCCCAUACAGAAGCACAAUGCCCAAAAUCAUAACUCCAAUGCGGAACAUGAACAAAACUGACCCUGUGACUGAUUAUAUGAAAAUGAAGAAUGAUUGGAAGCAUGAAAUUGCUAUAAUCAAAAAGCAGAGCGGCAGAAAAGUUGUACGCAAGCUAAACAAUGAUGUGAUGCAAGUAUCAAAGUUCUUAAUCGACUUGGCAGCGACUAUGGAAAAGGACCCUGACCCCAACUUUGACUCUACGUUCAACUGGUACUAUGCAGGAAGCGGAAACUUACAGCUGGUCUGCAUCAACUGGGUCGAUUACCUGCUCCAUAGUGAAUUUAGUGUGGUGUAUUUAACUAGAUUUCACAGAGACAGUACUGUGAGCAUUGAAAAUGAGCAUACUUCAAGUUUCGACUGUAAAGCUGGAAAUAUUCUAGAAACAAUUUGUUCCUCUCAGAAUAUAGUAGCUCUAAGAACGAAACGAUCAAUUAUUAUGUUGAAGAUCAUUGAAACGGAUGAUAACAUUAAUUUCGAACUACUGAAAAAGUUUGACUCGGACGUGCCAUUCACGAGUAUCAGAUUCGACAAGCACCACACGAAUAUACUUUACGUCACAACACUGGACGGUAAUUUGAAAAUAGUGAAUGUGGAUAGAGUAACGGCGAGGAGCGUCAAACUGGUUCGACAGAGCAAGUCCGACGUGAACAAUUGGAACUGCGUGAUCGGUGGGGAGCGUGCGACGUACGCUCACAUCGAGAGGCGGUCGAUAACAUUUUACGACAAACGGACCCACGACGCAGUUUUUAAGUGGUCGGGCUUGCGGCAGAUUAUAGACGAGGUGCGGUGUAACGAUAUCACGGCGGCGACCCUGGUCGAAGGCAGCCCGGCUCUGUACUUUGCGACGGAUCACCAUUUGUUUCUGUUCGACGCGCGUAACUCUGGUGCUAAACGGCCGUUGCUGCGCUGGACGCACGGGCUCAAGUGCGCGCCGACGUAUCUCGCCGUCGCUAGCGCAGAAGACAACAGGGAGGUGGUGGUAGUCACGAGCCAGUGGUGCGAGGACGCGUGCGUGGUGAGCAACUACUCCGAUUGCGUGCAGCGCGCCGGGGCCGCGCCCGGCGUGUGCCUGCCGUACCACCCGCCCAACUUGCUGCAGGUGUUACACGAGGCGCGCCUACGCAUGUUAUGCUGUUCCCUCGCCAGUCCCAUCGAGCGGCGCCUGUCCGCAGCCACCACCGGCCUCUUAGCUCUCCCUCACGCGGCCAACACUCUCCUGCUCACUCACAACUCACUCGGAGACAUCGCUUAUCGAACCAUCCACCCGGACUACAUGGAAUCCUUCAUGGAUGACGACAGCGCGCAGAAGUUGCACGAGUGGAGCCGCCCCUGUGAGGCCGAGAGGAAACCGAUCGAGGUGUCCAGGGUCACGAAUAUAGCGAAUCUGUGGAAGAAGUUGAAGAAGAUACCGGAGGACUUCAGCUUGGUGCCGACGGAUGAGCCGAUGCAGUUUGAUGAUGAAAAGGUAUAUGAAGCGUUCAUGAACGAGGAGAUAAUGCCAGAGCUACUAGACGCGUGGAACAUUGGCGGCACAUCAGCUGGCCCGCGGCAAGAUGACGACUCGCUGGCGCUCCAUCUGCACUUCGACGACAGCGACGAAGGCUAAGCCACGCCCCCUGCAGGUGGAGUAGGCGGAGCGGGAUAAGGACACGCUCACUUAUUAACAGAAGCUGACUGGAAUCUAAAAAUAGCUAAAUGCACCGAUGUCUGAAUAGAUCCGACCGGCAUGGAGUCAAGGUAUAAUCGACACCUUAUCGAAAGUCGUAGUUGAGCGAAUGAAAGAAGAAUACAACAGAAGGAAUUAUUAUGAAUUAAAGCUCAACGUAAGUUACUUUUAUCUUCGCUCAGGUGAUAUAAUGCUGAAAGGUAAAG